UAUACGCUUGGGUUAUAAGAACACAGAACCCAAACCAAAAACACACCCCAAAACCAAAAAAGUGUCUUUGCUUCUUUCUUCUUCUGUAAGCAUUAAGCAGAAAGCACGAAAUCACAUUUUUCACUUUCCAAAAACAGCUUCCAUAACGCAUGUUUCUAAAACCAAAACUCCACGCCAAACACGCCGUUAAACUCACCCAUCUCUAACCGAGGAACUCUCUCUCUCUCUCUCUCUUACUCACUCUUAUUCACUCACACUACUACUAUAUAUAAAUACCAGCAAACCCAGAAUGUCGUCUCGUAUCGCAGCGGAGAAUUUCUCGCCGGCGAGAGACACUUUCCCGAUUUUCUCUUCUCAAAUGGAGCUCAGCGAUUCCUCGAUCGCCAACACCAGCGCGUCACCCACACUCGCUCACUUCCUCAAGCAAGUCGGCGACGUUCGGAAAGAGGCCACCGGCGACGGCAAUGAAACUCCGGUGCACCAGGUCCUAGAUCUCAGCGACACGAGCAUCGAGUCUCGUCCGUUACCGUUCGUGCUUUCCUUCAGCAACUUGACUUACAGCGUCAAAGUCCGCCGGAAGAUGAGCUUGCCGUCGCUGAUCUCUGGCCGGAGAAUGUCCGAACCUGAAGUUGGAGACGGCUUCUUCAGUAGCACGAAGACGCUGCUCAACGACAUUUCCGGCGAAGCUCGCGACGGCGAAAUCCUCGCCGUGCUAGGCGCUAGCGGCUCGGGAAAGUCGACUCUGAUCGACGCUUUGGCGAACCGAAUCGCUAAGGGAAGCUUGAAAGGAACCCUAACUUUGAACGGCGAGACUUUGGAGUCGCGGCUCUUGAAGGUGAUUUCGGCUUACGUGAUGCAAGACGAUCUGUUAUUCCCAAUGUUAACCGUCGAAGAAACCCUAUUGUUCGCAGCCGAGUUUCGCUUGCCUCGAACUCUCUCAAAAUCCAAGAAGAAACUGCGAGUUCAGGCUUUGAUCGACCAGCUAGGUCUCCGAAACACCGCGAAGACCAUCAUCGGAGACGAAGGUCACCGAGGAGUUUCCGGCGGAGAGCGCCGCCGAGUGUCGAUCGGUAUCGAUAUCAUUCACGAUCCGAUUCUCUUAUUCCUCGACGAGCCAACCUCAGGGCUCGACUCCACGAGCGCGUACAUGGUGGUGAAGGUUCUACAGAGAAUCGCUCAGAGUGGAAGCAUAGUGAUCAUGUCGGUUCACCAGCCGAGUUACCGAAUUCUCGGAUUGCUCGACCGGUUGCUUUUCCUAUCUCGUGGACAAACCGUUUACAGUGGCUCUCCGAUGAACCUGCCGCAAUAUUUCUCCGAUUUCGGGCAUCCGAUACCGGACACUGAGAACCGGACCGAGUUCGCACUUGACCUAAUUCGCGAGCUCGAAGGAUCUCCUGGCGGAACAAAAAGCUUGGUGGAGUUCAACAAGUCAUGGCAGAACAUGAAGAAGCACAACGUCGCAAGCAACUCCGAAGCUUCAGAUCGACACGGUUUGUCGAUGAAAGAAGCAAUCAGUGCAAGCAUUUCACGAGGAAAAUUAGUCUCAGGCGCCACAAACAACGGUACCAGUCCUUCUUCAAUGGUGCCAAGGUUCGCGAACUCGUUAUGGAUCGAAAUGGUGGUGCUGGCCAAGCGUUCGAUGAUGAACUCUCGUCGAAUGCCGGAGCUCUUCGGUAUCAGAUUGGGCGCUGUGAUGGUCACCGGUUUUAUCUUAGCCACCAUGUUUUGGCAGCUCGACGAAUCUCCAAAAGGCGUUCAAGAGCGAUUAGGGUUUUUCGCCUUCGCGAUGUCAACAACGUACUACACUUGUGCCGAUGCAUUGCCAGUUUUUCUUCAAGAACGGUACAUUUUCAUGAGAGAAACAGCUUACAACGCGUAUCGAAGAUCGUCCUACGUGCUUUCCCACUCAUUCGUGUCGAUUCCAUCGUUGAUUUUCCUCGCCUUGGCGUUUUCCGCCACGACGUUUUGGGCGGUAGGCCUAGACGGAGGGCUUUCCGGGUUCUUGUUCUACUUUCUGAUCAUUUUCGCUUCGUUCUGGGCCGGAAACUCUUUCGUCACGUUCCUAUCUGGCAUUGUGCCGCACGUAAUGCUCGGGUACACAAUUGUGGUUGCGAUCUUGGCCUAUUUCCUCCUCUUCAGUGGCUUUUUCAUCAACCGCGAUCGAAUCCCGAGUUAUUGGAUUUGGUUCCAUUACAUUUCUCUGGUGAAAUACCCCUACGAAGGUGUUUUGCAAAACGAGUUCAGUAACCCCACGAAGUGUUUUGUUAAGGGAGUUCAGAUUUUUGACAACACGCCUCUUGGGUCGGUCCCAAAUGCCAUGAAAUUGAAGCUUUUGAGUAGCAUGAGCAACACGCUAGGGGUGGAACUCACGAGCUCAACGUGUUUGACAACUGGCGCAGAUAUUUUGCAGCAACAAGGGGUCACUGAUUUGAGCAAAUGGAAUUGCUUGUGGGUCACUGUGGCUUGGGGAUUCUUGUUCAGGAUUUUGUUUUACUUUGCCUUGUUACUGGGAAGCAAGAACAAGAGGAGGUAAAAAAAUGAACUUCUUAAGGCCUUGUUUGGCUUGAGGGGUUGUUUUAAUUUUUCAUGCUUUUGUUGUUUGUUGUUAUUUUGAAUAUGAUUUGGGGACUUGACCGUUGGUACAUAGUGGUGAGCUUUGAGCUCUCUGGUGUACGUAUAAAAACUGUUUCAUAUAGAGUAAUGCUGUUUUUACUUUUACUCUCACAAAUAUAAACCUAUUUUGUAUUCAGUGAA